AUAACAGGAAAGCUGGCGGCGAAGGUCAGUCGGAGGUAUUCUGCCGGCAGCAAUGGCAGUAGUCUUGCCAAUACUCAUCUGGAAAGAAAUGGGGAUGGUACUGCUGAAAGAGAACCUCUGACUCCACAUUCCCUGAUAAAAAAGGGCUCGAGAGAGCGUAGUAGCAUGGAAGAUCCAGAUGGGACAUUAGCAAGUGUUGCCCAAUGCAUUGAGCAGUUACGACAGAAAUCAUCAUCUGCACAAGAAAAAGAAUAUAAUUUGAGGCAGUUACUAGAGCUGAUCAAUACACGUGAAGGUGCAUUUAGUGCUGUUGGUUCACAUUCUCAGGCAGUUCCGGUGUUGGUGUCUCUCCUACGAUCUGGGUCACUUGGGGUAAAGAUGCAAGCGGCGACUGUUUUGGGCUCCAUGUGUAAGGAGAGUGAACUACGAGUCAAAGUAUUACUUGGGGGUUGCAUUCCUCCCCUUCUUGCUCUUCUUAAGUCAAGUUCAGCAGAAGGGCAAAUUACAGCUGCAAAGACCAUUUAUGCUGUUUCUGAAGGUGAUGCCAAGGAUCAUGUUGGCUCCAAAAUUUUUGCCACUGAAGGGGUUGUGCCAGUGCUCUGGGAGCAACUCGAAAAGGGUCUCAAGGCUGGACAUGUGGUUGAUGAUUUGCUGACAGGUGCUUUAAGAAACCUCUGCAGCAGCACUGAGGGAUUUUGGUCAGCAACAAUCCAAGCUGGGGGAGAAGAUAUACUAGUAAAACUACUCAUGCAUGACCAGUCAAGCACUCAAGCUAAUGUUUGCUUUCUUCUGGCAUGUAUGAUGACGGAAAAUGCAUCUGUAUGUUCGAAGAUAUCGACUGCUGAGACUACAAAACAACUCCUUAAGCUACUAGGACCUGGUAAUGAAGCUCCAGCUAGAGCACAGGCAGCAGCUGCUUUAAAGUCUCUUUCAGCUCAGAGCAAAAAAGCAAGGAGGGAUAUAGCGAGUUCUAAUGGCAUCCCUUCUUUAAUUAAUGCUACAAUAGCUCCUUCAAAAGAGUUUAUGCAAGGUGAGGAUGCCCAAGCUCUACAGGAGAAUGCGAUGUGUGCUCUUGCAAACAUUUCUGGUGGAUUGUCUCAUGUCAUCACAAGCCUUGGUCAAAGUCUUGAGUCAUGUACUUCACCUUCACAGGUAGCUGAUACGCUAGGAGCUUUGGCUUCUGCUCUUAUGAUAUAUGACAGCAAAGCAGAAACUAGUAGAGAAUCAGAUCCCCUGGAUAUUGAGCUGACACUAAUUAAGCAGUUUAAGCCUCAGUUACCAUUUCUAGUGCAAGAGCGCACCAUAGAAGCUCUUGCCAGUUUGUACGGGAAUGCCACUCUCUCAAGCAAACUUGCCAAUUCUGAUUCAAAACAUUUGCUGGUUGGUUUGAUCACAAUGGCAACCAAUGAAGUUCAGGAUGAAUUGAUAAAAUCACUACUUAUUCUCUGCAAGGAGGGCAAUUUGUGGCAUGCUCUUCAGGGUCGUGAGGGUAUUCAGAUGUUGAUUUCUCUUUUUGGACUUUCAUCUGAGCAGCAGCAGGAGUGUGCUGUUGCAUUGCUUUGCCUUUUGUCCAAUGAGAAUGAUGACAGUAAAUGGGCCAUCACAGCUGCUGGUGGCAUACCUCCACUUGUUCAAAUUCUUGAGACAGGGUCUGUGAAAGCAAAGGAAGAUUCUGCAUCAAUUCUUGGUAAUCUCUGCAAUCAUAGUGAAGAUAUACGCAAUUGCGUUGAGAGUGCUGAUGCUGUUCCUGCUUUGUUAUGGCUUCUGAAGAAUGGAAGCUCCAACGGGAAGGAGAUUGCUGCAAAGACAUUGAACCAUUUAAUUCAGAGAUCAGAUACAGCAACUAUAAGUCAACUUACUGCAUUAUUAACCAGUGAUCUUCCUGAAUCUAAGGUUUAUGUUUUGGAUGCAUUAAAAAGUCUGCUUUCCCUUGCCCCACUUAGUGAUUUACUGCGUGAAGGUAGUGCCUCUAAUGAUGCAACCGAAACAAUGAUUAAGAUUUUAAGCUCUACAAAUCAAGAGACUUGUGCUAAGUCUGCAAUGGCUCUUGCUGGAAUCUUUAAUCUGCGAAAGGAUUUGCGUGAAAGCAGCAUUGCUAUUAAAACUCUUCGAUCUGUGAUGAAACUUCUAGAUUCUGAAUCCGAGAGCAUUUUGGCAGAAUGCUGUGGAUGUCUUGCUGCAAUGUUUUUGUCGAUCAGGGAGAACCAUGACGUGGCUGUUGUUGCCAGGGAUAUGUUGCCUAGAUUACUGACACUUGCAAGAUCUUCAGCUCUCCAAGUUGCAGAACAGGCACUAAGUGCUUUAGCGAACCUUCUGUUGGACAGUGGAGUUCCAGAGAAGGUUACCCCUGAAGAAAUUAUUAUGCCUGCUACUAGAAUUCUGCGUGAAGAGAAAGCAAGCAGAAGGAACCAUGCAGCAGCGGCGAUUGCUCGGCUUCUUGAUUCGCGUCAAACGGAUUCUAGCUUAACUGACUAUGUAAAUCAGACCGGAACAGUUCUUGCCUUGAUUUCAUACAUUGAAUCCAGCAAUUGUGGAUCUAUUGCCCCGUCAGAGGCACUUGAUGCACUCGUUAUUUUAUCAAGAUUAAAAGGAUCACCAGGGCACAUCAAACCUGCAUGGUCCGUGCUUGUUGAACAUCCAGACGGCAUAAUCCCCAUUGUUUCAUUCAUUAAGGGUGCAACCUCUCUCUUACAGGAUAAGGCAAUAGAAGUUUUGUCUAGGCUUUGCCAGGAUCAAUGUGUAGUUCUUGGAAAUGCGAUUACAGGAUCUUAUGGUUGCACUUCAUCAAUUGCCAAAAGGAUAAUUGAUUCCUCAAAUGCAACGGUGAAAAUUGGUGGAACUGCACUUCUCGCUUGUGCCAUGAAAGCAAAUAUCCAGAGAGUGGUGGAGGACCUGCGUGAAACACAUUUGCAUUCCCAAUUUAUUCAAUCUCUCGUUUUAAUGUUAAGUUCUCCAAAUUAUUCUCAUUCAGAAGACAUGGAUUCUAUAAGUAUCUGCAGAUGUUCCAAAGAAGCAAUUGCCGGUGAGAAACGCACUAGUACAUCAGUUAUACGUGGUGCUAGUAUUUCUAUAUGGCUACUGUCUGCUAUUGCUUGUCAUGAUGAAAAAUAUAAAACUGAGAUUAUGGAGGCAGGAGCUGUUGAAAUUCUCACAGGAAGAAUCUCACGUCCAUUGCCAUAUAGUCAGUUGGACAUUGAUGAUGAUAAUAGCAUCUGGGUAUGCACACUACUAUUAGCAAUUCUGUUUCAAGAUAGAGAUAUUAUACGCACAAGUGCAACAUCGAAAGCCAUACCAGCCCUUGCUAGUUUGUUGAGGUCAGAGGAGUCGGCCAAUAGAUAUUUUGCUGCACAAGCUACAGCAAGUCUAGUCUGCAAUGGAAGCAGAGGAACUCUUCUUUCUGUUGCUAACUCAGGGGCUGCAGGUGGGCUUAUUUCCUUGCUUGGGUGUGCUGAUGCUGAUAUACAUGAUCUUUUGAAGUUGUCAGAAGAGUUUUCUUUGGUUCCUUAUCCAGAGCAAGUUGCUCUUGAGAGGUUGUUCAGGGUUGAUGACAUUAGGGUUGGUGCUACUUCUAGGAAGGCAAUACCAGCUCUGGUUGAUCUACUGAAGCCAAUACCAGACAGGCCAGGGGCACCUUUUCUAGCACUUGGUCUUCUAAUUCAGCUUGGGAGGGAUUGUCCGACAAAUAAAAUUGCCAUGGUUGAGUCUGGGGCUUUGGAAGCAUUAACAAAAUAUCUCUCACUUGGCCCCCAAGAUGCUACUGAGGAAGCCGCUACUGAUCUGUUGGGAAUCCUAUUCAGCACUGCUGAAAUACGGAGACACGAGUCUGCAUUUGGCGCCGUCAGUCAGCUUGUAGCUGUCUUACGUUUGGGUGGAAGGCGUGCAAGAUAUAGUGCUGCUAAAGCAUUGGAGAAUCUAUUUUCUGCUGAUCACAUUAAAAACGCAGAAUCUUCUCGGCAAGCUGUUCAGCCCUUGGUGGAAAUUCUAAAUACUGGUUUGGAAAAGGAGCAGCAUGCUGCUAUUGCUGCUUUAGUUAGGCUACUCGGUGAAAAUCCAUCAAGAGGCCUUACUGCUGCAGAUGUUGAGUUGAAUGCAGUUGAUGUUCUUUGUAGAAUUCUUUCAUCAGAUUGUUCAAUGGACUUAAAGGGGGAUGCUGCUGAGUUGUGUUGUGUACUAUUUGAAAACACAAGAAUCAGAUGUACUGUUACUGCUGGGCGCUGUGUCGAGCCUUUAGUUUCACUGCUUGUAUCCGAGUUCAGUCCUGCUCAGCAUUCUGUCGUCCAUGCACUGGAAAGACUUGUAGAUGAUGAGAAUUUGGCUGAAGUAGUUGCUGCACGAGGUGCAAUAAUUCCUCUUGUAGGCCUUCUCCACGGCCAGAACUACAUGCUUCAUGAAGCAAGUUCUGGAGCUCUUGUUAAGUUGGGAAAAGAUAGACCUUCUUGCAAGAUGGAAAUGGUGAAAGCUGGAGUCAUUGAAAGUGUACUUGGUAUCCUUCAAGAAGCCCCCGAUUUUCUCUGUGCUGCUUUUGCAGAAUUGCUCCGAAUAUUGACAAAUAAUGCCACAAUAGCAAAAGGUCCAUCUGCAGCGAAAGUGGUUGAACCCCUAUUCUUGUUGCUAACAAGGCCCGAGCUUGGACCCGAUGGGCAGCAUAGUGCUUUGCAGGUUCUAGUGAAUAUCCUGGAGCAUCAGCAGUGCCGUGCUGAUUAUUCCUUAACUCCACGCCAAGCCAUUGAACCGCUCAUCCUGUUACUAGAUUCUCCUGCUACGGCAGUGCAGCAGUCAUCAGCCGAGCUUUUAUCUCAUCUGCUUCUGGAAGAACAUUUCCAGAAGGAUUCUAUGACACAACAAGUGAUUGGUCCAUUAAUGCGAGUUAUCGGUUCUGGUAUUCCCAUUUUGCAACACAGAGCUCUAAAGGCACUUGUUAGCAUUUCUCUAGCUUGGCCUAAUGAAAUCGCAAAAGAGGGUGGCGUAAGUGAACUAUCGAGAGUCAUUUUGCUAGCUGAUCCCGGUCUUCCUCAUGCUUUGUGGGAAUCUGCUGCUGCUGUUUUAUCUAGUAUUUUGCAGUUCAGUUCGGAGUUCUAUCUGGAAGUACCUAUUGCAGUGUUGGUACGGUUGUUACGUUCAGGCUCAGAAGGCACUGUAAUUGGUGCACUCAGUGCUCUCCUAGUCCUGGAAAGCGAUGAUUCCAGCAGUGCUGUAGCAAUGGCUGAAAGUGGUGCAAUCGAGGCUCUUUUAGAUCUUCUCAGAUGCCAUCAGUGCGAGGAAAAUGCUGCAAGAUUGCUGGAGGUGUUAUUGAACAAUGUAAAGAUCAGAGAAACUAAAGCAACCAAAUCAGCAAUCCUACCACUAUCCCAAUACCUGCUGGAUCCACAAACUCAAGCUCAACAGGCAAGAUUGUUGGCAACUCUUGCUCUCGGGGACUUAUUCCAGAAUGAAACUCUGGCACAAUCUACUGAUGCUGUCGCAGCUUGUCGUGCUUUGGUGAAUUUGCUUGAGGAUCAACCUUCCGAAGAAAUGAAAGUAGUUGCUAUGUGUGCUUUGCAGAAUCUUGUGAUGUAUAGCCGCUCAAAUAAAAGAGCAGUUGCAGAAGCUGGCGGGGUUCAGGUCGUGCUGGACAUGAUUGGUUCAAGUAAUAUUAAUACAUCGGUUCAGGCGGCUAUGUUUAUUAAGCUUCUUUUCUCGAACAAUACCAUCCAAGAGUAUGCCUCCAGUGAAACAGUCAGAGCUAUAACUGCUGCUAUUGAAAAGGAUUUAUGGGCCAAUGGAACAGUGAAUGAAGGGUAUUUGAAAGCUCUAAAUGCACUCUUUGGGAACUUCCCACGUUUGAGAGGCUCAGAACCUGCAACCUUGAGCAUCCCACACCUAGUGACAUCCCUGAAGACUGGUUCAGAAGCAACUCAAGAAGCCGCACUAGAUGCACUCUUUCUUCUGAGGCAAGCUUGGUCAGCUUGCCCGGCUGAAGUCUCUAAAUCUCAAUCGACUGCGGCUGCUGAUGCAAUACCGUUGUUGCAGUACUUGAUACAGUCAGGCCCUCCUCGAUUUCAUGACAAGGCUGAAUUCUUGUUGCAGUGUUUGCCUGGGACAUUAACGGUAAUGAUUAAGCGUGGGAAUGAUAUGAAACAGUCGGUGGGAAACCCAAGUGUGUAUUGCAAGCUUACACUUGGCAGUACCCCUUCAAGGCUAACCAAGGUUGUGUCAACUGGCCCAAAUCCCGAGUGGGAUGAGAACUUCGUGUGGUCCUUUGAAAGUCCUCCGAAAGGCCAGAAGCUACAAAUCUCAUGCAAGAAUAAAAGCAAGAUGGGGAAGAAGUCAUUCGGGAAAGUGACCAUCCAGAUUGACCGCGUGGUCAUGAUGGGGGCAGUGGCCGGUGAAUACGCUUUGCUGCCACAAAGCAAAAGUGGUGCAUCCAGGAAUCUCGAAAUAGAAAUUCAAUGGUCGAACAAAUAAGGUUUAUCCGGCUCAAGUGUAUAGCUCAAAUCUCGCAUGGUACAGGAAAACAAAUAAAAUCAUAUUCGAGUCGCUGCCAUCCCUUUCCAUCGUAAGAAUACCACGGUACAUUUUUCCUUUAUUUUAAAAGAACCGUUAUGUCAAAUAGUAUAUAAUGUUUACUACUAUUUAGUUGAUUCUUUUAUAGUAUAGUCGAGACCCUACUUUUGAGUGAGAUAUAUUGAAUACGUUUGGUUAGAGUACAUCAGUAUAGUCGUUUGUUGUAAUCGUGUUGCAACCAACUUCUUUGUAUUGUUUGCCUGUAAGAUAUAUGUAGCUUUUUAUUCUUUGAGAUCCUCAAA